AUGGCUAUCACCGGCGAAGCGCAUGGUUUCCAUCCGCCCCCGUCAACGCUGCUUUGGCAUGAGCUCCCCGGCGCGCGCAGCGUCAACGCCGCGGAUAAUCUGAUACUCGUGCUCGCGGGCUGUGGCGCGUGCGGAAUCAAGUGCUCGCAGCCCUUGCCGUACUCUGCCAGGGCUGCAGGCUUACUGGCAAGCCGCCACAUAAUUGCACCCGUCCGUGUCCCCGGGUUAUCAGAUAGUAACUCUAUCACCCGCGCGACGCCGUAA